GAACGCAAUAAUCUCCUAUUCAUGCAGUGUCGCCAUAGAAGCGAGAAGGAGUCUCGGCCGUCAGUCAAGCUGUCUCUCGAAGCUCCAGAAUCCUCACCCACACACCCACCAAAAGAUGCUCGAAAUUCUCCAAAACCACACCAUGGCACUUCCAGCACCAUCUCCUCGACAAAACUAUGCCCUCUCGAGCAAAAGAAGGGUCUCGCCGGGAAUCGAACCCGGGACCACUCGCAAUUGGCUUAGAGUUUUC